AUGUUUCCCGUGAAGCGUUGGGACGGCCUUCACGAGGCGCUCCCCUCGUCGUACCUCCACGCCUCCACUCCGCCGCUCAAGCCUCCGCCCACCUUUCCGCUCACUCCCGCUUCCGCCCCGCCGUUUCCCGCGCAUAGAAAACUUGAGACGCCUUUCGGCGGUGAGAAGGCUGAUCGGUUAACGGAGAGCAUUGAUCAGAGCAAAGUUGGGGGAAAGACAAUUGGAGGAUCGAAUGUCGUUGGCGGAGGCGUCGAAAGAGCUAAGAACGAUACUUCUGCGGCGGAGAUUGCGGGAGGAAGCGUUAGUGAAACGAAGAAGAAGAGGAAUAAAGGAAAGCGGGAGGUAGAGGAAAGGGGUGCGGAAGGUGCGAGUGCUCCGAAUGCGACGGUAAAAGACUCGCACGGCGUCGCACGUGACGUGGCGGGAGAGCAGGCAGGGAAUGCGCUAGGUGGCGAGGGCGGGGGUUUGGGAUUCGCACUAGAUGCAGCACAAGGGCUUAGAGAUGGCAGUGGGGAGCUGGCACAGGGAGCUCCAGUGGGUAGGGGGAAGGACAAGAAGAGGAAACGGAGGCGGGAGGAUGUUGGGAGUGCGAGCUGUGCUGCGGCUCAAAGCGGUGGGGAGAGGGAAGGUGAAGCAGGGGGCGGAGGAGGGUUUGAGCGAGGUUCAGGGUUUGGGGGUGUAGCGCAUGCGGAGCAGGAAGACUCGGAACAGAAAGCGGGUUUAGGGGAUGGCGAGGGAAAGGCGAAAAGGAAAAAGGAGCGGAAGGGGAAGGGGGCUGGGCGAGGGAAGCAGGAUGGGACCAUGGAUGGGGCCAUGGAUGGGGCCAUGGAUGGGGCCAUGGAUGGUGGGGACGACCCGGUGGUGGUGGCAGCAAACGAGGCAGCUGAGGGCGAUGGAGCGAGGGAGAGGGGCGAAGAGGGCAACGGAGCAGGGGACGAUGGUGACGAUGGGGUUGUGGGCGCAGAGGCUGCGCUUCAGGCACCUUCUAAGCACAACGCAGCAGCAAAAAAGGGAGGGGGAGGCGGAGGGGCAGGGGGAGGGGGAGGUGCGGUGCUGCCGUGGAUGCGGGCGCCAGUGAAGUGCUCCACAGCUGAUGCCGUUCCUCUAGCUUCGGUGCCGAACCUAGACAAGCGCCUCCUGCGCGCCCUCGCCCCGGCCGGCAUUUCUUAUCUCUUUCCCGUGCAAGCCACGGUGUGGCGCGAACUAAUGGGGUUACCUGGUAACCACCCCCACGCCCAUGGAAAAACAACACCCAGGAAGGGGAAGGAUGGGGGAACGGGGAGAGCAGGCGCUGGUGAUGGGGGGAAGGGGGGGCGGAGAGGGGGAGUCGCGCAGGCGGAGUGGGAGGGCGGCGAGGAGCGGGAGGUGGCGGGGCUGCGGGCGGCGUCGCACGACUUAUGUGUGUGUGCACCGACGGGGAGUGGCAAGACGCUGGCGUAUGCGCUGCCAGUGGUGCAGGCUCUGGCAGGACGAGUAGUGCGGCGAGUGCGGGCGGUGGUGGUGCUGCCCACGAGGGACCUGGCUGCUCAGGUGAAGCACGUGUUCGACACCAUAGCGCCAGCUGUCGGCCUCUCAGUGGCGCUCAUCAACGGCCAAUCAUCGCUCGCUGACGAGGCGACCCACCUCGUGCCGCACCCCGCCGCCCGUUCCGGCCCCUUGGGCCUCCUCAGCCGCCCCAGCUACAGCCAGGGAAACGGCUACAGCAGUGGCGGCGGCUGUAGCGGGGCGGAUAUCGUGGUGGCGACGCCGGGGCGGCUGGUGGACCAUCUGAGGGGCACUCAGGGCUUCUCCCUUUCGCACCUGCAGUUCCUUGUGGUGAACGAGGCGGACCGGCUGCUGCGCCAGUCCUGCCAUGACUGCCUGCCACUCACCCUCGCCGCUGCCUCGCCUCCCCAAGCUCCUCUGUAUUCCUCUGUGGUGGACGAGGCGGAUCGGCUGCUGCGCCAGUCCUACCACGGCUGGCUGCCUCUCACCCUCGCCGCCGCUGCUGCCUCCCCUUCCGCUGGCACCGCUGCCACAUCAGCAGUCGCCGGCAUGCAUGCUGACGUAGCAGUGAGCAUUCCUGGUCUGGGCGGCGUCGUGCAUGCUAGUGCCGGUGGCAGCAUGAGCGGUGCUCUCCCCACUCCGUUCAUCCACGGCCUGCGAUCCCUCGCCCCCUGUGCCCCCGCGCUGCUAUCUGUGCCUGACAUUGAACGGCAUCGAGUGAUCAAGCUAGUGUGCUCUGCCACACUCACCCGCGAUCCCUCCAAGAUCCAACGGCUCAGAUUGCACCGCCCGCUCUUCAUCUCCUCCGCCGCCCACCUGCUCGCCUCCGCCAUGCUCCGCCACGUGGCAGCUGGGGGCACACGCCACGCUGGCACCAUUGCUGACGUUGAAGUUGGUGAUGUGGGUGCUGACGAGGAAGGUAUGGAGGAGGGCAGGGAGGAGGAGGAGUUGGAGGAGGAGGAGGGGGUGAGACACUACCACUUGCCUCCACAGUUGGUUACUUCCAUGCUGGUGAGUGGCGUGUGA